AAGGAAGCCAAGUAGCUAAAACAACUACUAAGUACUAACCCAAAAAAUAAUUUAGUUUUGGCAACAAUUAACCAAAAAUAUAAUUUUUUAUUGCAACUUUCCCUCCUUUUCAAACUUUUUUUUAGUCCUCUUAUUUUUCUCUCUCCUCCCACAAAAGUAAAACCCCAUAAUUCUGCUUGAAGCAACCCACUCAGAAAGUAAUACUAUAAUCAAAUUAACCAAUUUCAAGUUUUUAACCAUCCUAUAAUCCUAUUUAUCUCUUUCUUUUUUAUGCUAAACUGCAGAUCUCACACCUUCCAACUUCCUUUUCUGUACAUUACAGCAACCUCAUAAUUCAUCUCUUUUAUUUUUUUUCCUGAGAGUAUCAGCUUAUGUAGAUCUCUUUGAAUUUUAGUUGAACAAGUAUUGAAUUUGAUUUCUGGGUUUUUUUCUUUGGUUUUCUGUGAUGAAUUUGAAGUAUAAUGCUGGGUUGUUUCUUAUUGGAACUGUUGUUGUCAUCUGGGUCUCCUCUGCUGAAGUUACCCAGGACAUAUAUAAUGCAUAUAGACAGCCAUUUGCUGUGACAUAUCUUGGAGCAUCUCUGAUGGUGGUUUAUCUUCCCAUAGCCUUUAUUAAAGAUUGGUUUUAUCGUAAAAUGAAAAAUUGCUCUUCAAGGAGUGGCAAACUUGCUGAAACUGUUAGAGAUUCUGCGGACAUACUUGAUUCUCCUCUUAAAUACGUUGAGCAGAAAAUUUCUGCAAUGGAACUUGAGGGAAAUCUCGUGAAAAAGAACAGUGAAUUAAACCUUUCAUUGGAAGACGAAAAACCUUUACUUGAUGAGGGUUCAAGGAAGCAGGACAGGGAGCUUACCAAAUGGGAGAUUGUUCGAUAUGGAUUAUAUCUAGCCCCUCUUUGGUUUUCUGUAGAGUAUCUCUCAAAUGCUGCCCUGGCACGUACUAGUGUUGCAAGUACAACAGUCUUAUCCUCAACCUCUGGACUUUUUACUCUUUUCAUUGGAGCUCUCCUUGGAGAGGAUUCGUUAAAUAUGGCAAAGGUUGUUGCUGUUUUUGUUAGCAUGGCCGGUGUUGUCAUGACAACUCUGGGAAAAACUUGGGCCGCGGAUGAUUCUCAAGCUAGUAGUUCAAGCGAUGGACAACGUUCACUUGUGGGGGAUCUCUUUGGGCUUCUCUCAGCUGUGUCAUAUGGACUAUUCACCGUGCUGCUGAAGAAGUUUGCUGGUGAGGAAGGUGGAAAAGUAGAUAUUCAGAAACUUUUUGGAUAUAUAGGUUUCUUUACUCUUAUAGCCCUUUGGUGGCUUGUGUGGCCAUUAACAUUUUUAGGAAUUGAACCAAAGUUCACGAUUCCUCACUCUGCUAAAACUGAUGAAGUUGUUCUUGCCAAUGGAUUGAUCGGAAGUGUUCUCUCUGACUACUUUUGGGCAUUAUCUGUUAUAUGGACAACUCCACUUGUUGCAACUUUGGGUAUGUCUCUUACAAUCCCACUUGCAAUGCUGGCUGACAUGGUUAUACAUGGUCGUCAUUACUCCACAGUCUAUGUUCUUGGCUCUGUCCAGGUUUUUGGUGGAUUUGUAAUAGCGAAUCUUUCAGAUUGGCUCUCGAAGAAGCUGGGUUUAUAACAUUUCGACAAAUACACUUAGCUCGGUGUCUCAUAUUCUUUUCCUCGUCACCAGAUUUGUUAUUUGGGCGAGAAAUGUCAUAAAAAGGAGCAUAAUUCCCUAAGGGGUUAUCAGCGACUGAUUGCACAAAAUAGUAAAACAAAAGAAUGUUUUAAUGCAUGUUAUGAUGAAAUGUAAAGAAAAAUUAUAGUCAAUGAUUGGUUACCAAAAAAGAAAAUAAAAUCACUUUCUAUAUGCAAAAA